AGGAUCCUUGGCUGAACAACGGGUGCUUCCCUAUAGCAAUGGAACCCUGAUCUAUUCAGGAUGGGACCUCCCUGGACUCCUGUGCUUGUCCCUUUCCUGAGCUGGUUUUCAAUUCUAGACAUAUGGACAGGAAUUUGAGGAGGGGGGAAGGGAAGGAGAGCAGGGAAAAAAGAAAAGAAUAAAGGCGACGACGUGAACAUGCCAUCAUUUCUCCCCUCUUUUAAAAUAUCUCAGGCACCAGCCUCUUUCCUCAUUCUUCUGCACCUAUGCCCUCUUCCUUCCAUCAGUCCCUUCCCCUCCGGAUUCCUAAUGUCCUCUUUCCCCCUAGUUAUCAGCUUAAUGCAAUACAGGAAUCUCGAUUCGAGAUAUCCAAGGGUAGCAGAGAGGACGGUGUCCUCUCGGGGCUCGUUGGCUCCACCAGGUGCACUUCGGGGAAUGAUGCUCUAGAGAGCUUCGGAAGGCGUGCGGAUGCUGAGCACAGGCCGACACAUAGCCGCGAGUGCGCGCCCGCUGCGCCGGACGGGACUGCGGCCCCUUUAAGAGUAAGCCCCGCCCCUGCCCUCCUGUCCCCUCGGCGCUGCCAGCGUCGGCGGCGGCCGCGGCGGCGGGUUGGGAGCUGACAAGAUGGCGGCUGGCGGGGCUGGCGCUGCGGCGCCUGAGAGCCGGCUGCUACCUUACGCGCUGCACAAGUGGAGCUCCUUCUCCUCCACCUACCUCCCGGAGAAUAUUUUAGUGGAUAAGCCAAAUGACCAAUCUUCACGAUGGUCUUCUGAGAGCAAUUACCCUCCCCAGUACCUGAUUCUCAAGCUUGAAAGACCUGCUAUAGUGCAGAGUAUCACAUUUGGAAAAUAUGAAAAGACACAUGUCUGUAAUUUAAAGAAGUUUAAAGUUUUUGGUGGAAUGAAUGAAGAAAAUAUGACAGAGCUAUUAUCCAGUGGCUUAAAGAAUGAUUAUAACAAAGAAACAUUCACCUUGAAGCAUAAAAUUGAUGAACAGAUGUUCCCAUGUCGAUUCAUUAAAAUAGUUCCACUCUUGUCCUGGGGACCCAGCUUUAACUUUAGCAUCUGGUAUGUUGAACUUAAUGGCAUUGAUGAUCCUGAUGUUGUGCAGCCCUGUCUCAACUGGUAUAGCAAGUACCGCGAACAGGAAGCCAUUCGCCUUUGUCUAAAACACUUUCGUCAACACAACUAUACUGAAGCUUUUGAAUCACUACAGAAAAAAACCAAGAUUGCCCUGGAACAUCCCAUGUUAACUGAUCUGCAUGAUAAAUUGGUGUUGAAGGGCGAUUUUGAUGCUUGUGAAGAGUUGAUUGAAAAAGCUGUAAAUGAUGGUUUGUUCAACCAGUAUAUCAGUCAACAGGAAUAUAAGCCACGGUGGAGUCAGAUCAUCCCCAAAAGCACUAAAGGUGAUGGAGAAGAUAGCAGACCUGGAAUGAGAGGUGGACAUCAAAUGGUUAUUGAUGUUCAGACAGAGACUGUUUAUUUGUUUGGUGGCUGGGAUGGAACACAAGAUCUGGCUGACUUCUGGGCAUACAGCGUGAAGGAGAACCAGUGGACUUGUAUAUCAAGAGACACUGAGAAAGAGAAUGGACCUAGUGCCAGAUCUUGUCAUAAAAUGUGUAUUGACAUUCAAAGAAGACAAAUCUAUACACUGGGACGUUACUUGGAUUCCUCUGUGAGAAAUAGUAAAUCUCUGAAAAGUGACUUCUACCGCUAUGACAUUGAUACAAACACAUGGAUGUUGCUAAGUGAGGACACUGCUGCUGAUGGAGGACCCAAGUUGGUGUUUGAUCAUCAGAUGUGUAUGGAUUCUGAAAAACACAUGAUCUAUACUUUUGGUGGAAGAAUUUUGACUUGUAACGGCAGUGUAGAUGACAGUAGAGCCAGUGAACCUCAAUUCAGUGGUUUAUUUGCUUUUAACUGCCAAUGUCAAACCUGGAAACUUCUUCGAGAGGAUUCCUGUAAUGCUGGACCUGAGGACAUCCAGUCCCGAAUAGGACACUGCAUGCUUUUCCACUCAAAAAAUCGUUGCUUAUAUGUAUUCGGUGGUCAGAGAUCAAAAACCUACCUGAAUGAUUUCUUCAGUUAUGAUGUAGAUAGUGACCAUGUGGACAUCAUAUCAGAUGGCACCAAGAAAGACUCUGGAAUGGUGCCAAUGACUGGUUUUACACAAAGAGCUACCAUUGAUCCAGAACUGAAUGAAAUACAUGUCCUGUCUGGACUCAGUAAAGACAAAGAGAAGAGGGAAGAGAAUGUCAGGAACUCCUUCUGGAUUUAUGACAUUGUGAGAAAUAGUUGGUCCUGUGUCUAUAAAAAUGAUCAAGCUUCAAAGGAUAAUCCAAGUAAAAGUCUACAGGAGGAGGAACCAUGCCCAAGAUUUGCCCACCAGCUUGUGUAUGAUGAAUUGCACAAGGUUCACUAUUUGUUUGGUGGAAAUCCUGGCAAAUCCUGCUCCCCAAAGAUGAGAUUGGAUGAUUUCUGGUCACUGAAACUCUGCCGUCCUUCAAAGGAAUACUUGUUGAGGCAUUGUAAAUACCUUAUAAGGAAACACAGGUUUGAGGAGAAAGCCCAGACAGAUCCUCUUAGUGCUCUGAAAUAUUUGCAGAAUGACCUUUAUGUAACUGUGGAUCAUUCAGACCCAGAGGAAACAAAAGAGUUUCAGCUCCUAGCUUCAGCUCUAUUCAAGUCUGGCUCAGAUUUCACAGCACUAGGCUUUUCGGAUGUGGAUCACACCUACGCUCAAAGAACUCAGCUCUUUGAUACCUUAGUAAAUUUCUUUCCAGACAGCAUGACCCCUCCCAAAGGAAACCUGGUCGACCUCAUCACACUGUGACUGAAGAAUCUUUUGACGCAUCUCUGAAGAUAUAAGAAGGCUCCAUUCAGUAUUUGGGAUUUUGACUGUGUUGACUGACAGGUUGCAGUGAUAGAGGACUACAUCAGAUCUUUGAAGGGAUCUCACUGUUUUAAGUUUUGACCUUCUUCCUUUAUACCCUCUGCUCACUACACUUUCCUCACCUCCUUCCUAAAUUAGGCUAAUAAAGUGGAAUUGGUAUUCUUUCCAUUUAAAUUUUUUUCCUGACUUUGACUUUUAAGAGUUAUUGAAUGUAAAAAAUAAUAAUAAAAAUUCAGGUAGUUGUCCGUUUUUAUCUUGGGAAGGGAAUGGUUAGGUCACAGGAUAGGCAUCACCUCAAUACUUUUUUUCUGCCACAGAGAGACUGGGGUUUUUGGUGUCUGUAUUGUUUUUAACCCCCGUCCUCCUUUGCUCCUCCAUCCUGUUCCUCCUAACUACUUGUAAGCAACUGUGUCACCUGCUUUACCUCCUGACAUUGUUCAUGACCAUUAUGUAAUUCUACCGGACACUUGGUAUAUGUUAAGGUAAUGUAUGCAUCCGGGUUGACUUAUGUCUUAUAAAUUACAUUGGACAAUCUGAGAAAGAACAGAGGGCUCAGAUUCAUCUCAACUAGAAAGUGAAACUGACCUAGGUAUCUAGCUGAAUUUGUUAUAUUAAGAUAAAAGUGUAUUUUACAGUCGAUGCUGUUGCAGAUAUCUGACUUCUACUCAUGUAAAGCCUUAAACUGAGAAAGUGGAGGUCAGUAUUUAAGCCUGUCGUUAACCACUAGCCAGCAGGAGGGAGGGAGCCUGCUCAUUGUGUCCAGGAGCCUCUAUAGGACAGCUUUAGAAUAGGCCUCACUCUGUUUCCCACAGAGUGCGCAGGGUAGAUCUUUUACCUGUCCCUGGGUGCUCUGCUUCUCCACUGCUUUUAAUCUGGGCUGUUAGAGCCAUAUAGUCAUAAAUCCUUGUGCCUGUUACUAUGUGCUUAGUUGAUGGAGAGUAGUUUAAAAAGGUAAAAAAGGCUCUUGCUCUUCUUCUGUCAUUGUCCAGUAGAGUGCAAUUAACAGUCAUUUCUUUUAAGUACUCAGACCCAUCUUUUAAAUAGGAGAAAAGAAAUGGUGCAGAAAUAACCUCAUUUAAUAAAUCUAAACAGAGGUGUAACAAGUAGGCUUUUUUACUGUUAAUUUUUUUUUCAUGCAGUUUUUCACAUGUGGUGCUGUUGAGUCAGUGGAGUGUAAUGUCAGAAGCCUACACUUGGCCUUAUGCUCAUCCUUGGAUAGUUAGUAUGUAUGCAGCAUAUGACUGACUAUGCGUGAUUAAAGCAAUCUCAACAUAAAAGAGAUAUCGCUCUUCAGUGUAAGAAGUAACCUACAGAAAUUGAGUAGGUCCCCAGGUAGCAAGAUUGGACCUCAGUAAAGGAAAGAAGAAAUGGACCUGUGCUUUCCAAAGGUCUCAUAUAGGAAUAAGACUUCGAGGUCCCUCUUUGCUCUUUCCUUAACAUAUGAUUUUACUUCUCUUGAAAACUAGUAGUAGUACAUUUUCUGUCACUGCUAGGAUUUUUUUUAACUUUUGAUCACCCCAAAGCAAUCAGAGAUUUAGUAAUUAAUCAAUUAGAUAUACAUCUUAGUUUGUGGGAAGAUUACUUUAGAUUUUAGUAACUUAAUGGUAACAUGGAUUGUCUGCCAAGUAAUUGUAUCGUUUACCAUCAAAUUGCAUCUACAAAACCAACUGGCUUUCCAGUUGAGUAAAUUCAUUUUAUUUAAACACUUGUUAAAAUUCUUUAUAUUGAGUGCCAUUCAGAAAACAAAACAAAACAAAAAAAAAAAAAACUUGGGCAUUGGCACCAACUGGUUAAUUUCAUUACAUCCCAUUUUAUCUUGCUUCAGGUAGAGAAAAGGACCUAAACUUGAUGGCUACUUUAUCUCUACUGUGUGUACUUAAUCUGUAGAGUCUGUAAUAGGGACUGAUUUGUUUCACUUGAUGCAAUGUUAAAUUAUGGCACUUUAGAUGCAUAACCAAAUGAAAUUCUGUUGCCCUCCAUUGCUUGUAUUCACAAUGCUGUGGUCCUUUUAUCAUAUAAAUCAUUAACUCAUUCUGGAUCCUGUUGUUAAGGAACUGACUCCCCCUCCUUAAGUUAUCUUUUAUUCUUUUUACAACUUUUUCCUUAGCAGGUUUGGGGGAGGGGAGAGUGCAUUUAUAUUAGGCUUGUUUUUUAUUGGAUUAUAUUUGCAUUUUAUUCAUUUCCUUUUCUGAUGUAAUUUUUACAGGAUAUUCUUUAAAUAAGGUGGUGGAAUCAAAGUAAACUAUAAAAUAUUAGACUUUCAGGGAAAGGAACCUUGCUUGGAUAUCAUCAGAAGAUGCUAUUUUUGCUUUCUGUGCUUGGGGGUUUAAUAAUGCCUAGUAUCUCAGGAAGAUGUAUAAGUCUUCAUUAUGUGUUCGUAGCCUAAUUGAAAGCCUCUAGGUAUACCUACUGAAGGGGUAUAUGUCUGUUUCCCCAAAAGAAUGCUGUCAUGUCAUUCAAAAAGGGAAGCCAAUUUGUUAUGUCAACAUACUGUUCAGAGUGCCUAGCUUAUGUAAAUUAACUUGAAAGAUCUGAUUCUUUACUUUCCUGCUUCCAUGAUUGAAGGACCUGCUUUUUUUAGCCCAUUCAAAGGAAAGUUGGUGACACUUUUUGCUGUCCUCCCUAACAAAUUUGGUGAUCACAUCAUUACCCAAAUUAAUGUAUAUAUUGUUCACCUCGGGCCCAUUUCUUUUUGCAGCAAAAGAGGUUACUUUCAUCCAGGAAUGAGUCAGAUCUGAAACUACUUCCAGCUCCUGUGCUUCACAAGAAUGUGUUUUAUUUACAGACACACAUCCUGGUUGCACUAGCAGCUAUAGUGGAGAGUCAGAGACCUCAUGUGGCCAGCAUGGUUAAUUAAAAGUUGACCUUUUCUUUGGCUGAGCAAAGGAAUUCAGGCUGAUAUACCUACCUCUUCUCAUUAAAAAUGACCAUCAGUAUUAAUAUAGAUAUCAAACUAGUCAUUUUCUUAGGCUGACUUAGCUUCUAGGCAUAAGAAAAAUAUGUCUUAUUAGUAAAAAUGGAUAGGAACAUUACUAUAGUCUUGAUUUUAGAGCACAGCUUGUGAUUUAUUUAAACAAUUAAGAGUGCACUCUUGAAUGGUUUUCAUGGGCAGUAAAUGUAUUUGGGGGAGGGUGGGGCAAAAAACUAUUUUGUAGACAUCUUAAUCAUUCCAUAAAAUUUCUCUGUCAGCUUUAAAAGGGCCACCUCAGGAUAACUUAGCAGGGGGGAGAAAAGCCUUUUCUAAGAAUAGAAAUUUGAAAACAAAAAUACUUCAGAAAUUUUUAGAGAAAUUACAUCCAGCACUUAAUCUUUAGUGGGGGGCUCAUAGAGAAUGUGCUUCUGGUUUAAGAUUGUUGUAUUAUUCUACCUUGUGAUAGUAGUUACAUAGUGAGUUUAUCCUGUAAUCAAUCACUUGUCACCAUUUGGGAUUGAUAUGGUAAUUGUAGGUCAUUUAAUUGUAAGUAAUGUGAAGAAUAUUUACAUAAAAGUUGGAUUUUGUAAAAUGAACUUAGUCAGUUGAACUUUUUUUUUUAUUCCAACUGAGGAAUGAACUCCUUUACCUAGACACCUGAUUGGUUUUUAGAUUCUUUUAGAGAAGAGCACAGAACUGUAGACCUCUAACUUGGAGAAAUGGUAUGGCUCUUGCCAUAACCAUACACCAUUCUUGGCAUUUGUUGUCAAUUAAAACUUUUGCAGCUAACCAUGCCUCCUAUUCCCUUAUUUCCUGAAUUUCACCCCAGGAUUCACAUAUUUGGUUCAUUUGUGGCUAUGUUUCAAUGAACUCAACCUCAGAUUCCUCUAGGUUUAAAGUUCUGGGAAUUUUCACAUUUCCUUCAGUCAAAAGCCUAGUUAGUGAUUGGACACUGUAAUUAGAGAGGGUCUAUAUAGCCUAGAGAUGAAAACUUAGUUAAGAGCAGAGUUCCAUAAUCUGUGAUAUUUUGGCAGCCUUGUUUCCUUGAGCUUUGGAAUAACGGUUUUCUUUAUAUUGGCAACCCUCAAUUAUCUGUCUUUUGCUUUCAUUGUCAUGAUUUACCAUGUUUCUUUUCCAAAUACUCUUUUUAAAAAAGAGAUACUAUCAGUGGAAAUAACACAUGGUUUUUUAACAGCAACAAAAAAACCCUUCCUUUUGAAAGAAAAGUCUUUUUCUCUUAGAUUUUGUUUCGUGGGAUACUCAGGCCUGUACAGAAAAGCUGCCUUGGGGAUGGGGGAUUGUUCUUAUAAGACAAACAUGCUUCUUUGUGCUCUUUUUAUGCGGACAAAAGGUGGGAGUUUUUAAGAUUUAGGAAUCACCUAAUGGGGCUACGGGUGGGCUAGGACUAAUCCUCAGGCAGGUAAACAUUAGCUUUUAAGACCAUCUUUUGCUUUAGAUUUUGGUAAUUUGCACGUUUUAGAUCUGUCUGUUAAAACUCAAAUCACAGUGGAGCAUUAUAGUUUCUUAUAUGUUCUUGUUCUUAUGUUUUUAAUGGUAUUUCUCUUAAACUACCUCUGAGUGUUAGUGAUAUUUUGCCUAUCUUUAAAAUUAGCCAUGAAAGGAAGUAGACUUGAGAUGAGAAUUUGUUUCUUUGUAUUUCUGGUGUUAGAUGUGAGCAACACCACUAAUUGCUGUGGAUUAUUUUGUUUUUAUAUUCAGAGGUCCACCUUUUCUCUUUUUAAAAAAAUACCUUUUCACCAAGAAAAUAGAAGAGUUUUAUAAAUAAAAUUUUGAGUGACCAUAGCCCAAAGAGCUCUGAUAAAGGUAUACUUCUUCCAAAGGAGAAGUAAAAGUAAGUGUUAAUUGUUUUAAAAGUAAAGUCCUGUGGGACUUGAAUUGGAACCCAAAAUUAAAGAUGAUGUAAAAUUCAUCCUCCAUUUUGGAGUAUGUAGUUAUUUGUCAAUAAGAUCUCAAUAUUUUCACCAAUAUUGUCCAGCUUGACCUAGAAAAAAAUAUUAAUGUUCAGUUUUUUAAAUUUGCCAAUUAGCUAUGGUACAUUUGACAAAAGGUUUUCAUUGUUGAGUAAAUAAGUAAACUUUAGAGGACAAAGGAAUUUUAUAUGUGCUGAUAACGUACUCAACACUUCCCUCUCUAAGUAGAAUGUUUAAAAUGGUAACAACAUCUCAUACUGAAGCUAAGGUCUUGUUAACUAUUUCAGAGUUCCACUUCCAGUGUAUGUUUGCAUUUGUGCAUCCUCCAUUCUAGUUUGGAGAAAGGAGUAUUCAAUAAGUCAAGGGUUGUGAAGAAAUUUGAAACACAAUAUAGAGUGUAAAUGCAGAACAAGGAGUCAGAAAAUUCCAUAUUUGAGCUCUAAUGUAAGAUUUUCUCUAGGGAGUAGAGUGCUGCUUUAUCACAUGACUUCAUUUUCAGUGGUAAUAAAUAACACUUUCCCCUAAAAAAUUAAGAGACUAAAAAUAUAUGUCAAGUGGUAAUUGAGAUUAAUGCUGACUUCCCAGCUCUUCCUCCAGAAUAAGACUUUUUUCUUUGUCAAAAACUUAUUUUUUGAGUAGUCACUAAAAAGAUAAUUAAGCAGCUUAAAUUUGGACUGUUAAACAUGCAUACAAAUUAUUUAGCAGGAUUUAAGAAUUCAGACUUCUAAUUGAUGUUGCAGUGGUAUGGAAAGAGGUGAUUAAAAAACCUUUUUUUUGCCUUCUGAAUGUCAAAUGAAUCCUAUAAUUUUGAGGGAAUGGCAUUUCAUUACCAGCUUAAUGGGGAAAUUUCCUGCCUCAUGCUGAAAUAGCUCUUUUAGGUCUUGAUGGAAAAGAUAGGGUGAUGUGGCGUCUUGGUCUGACCUUGGUGAAAGAGCAUUUUCUAAUGAGAACCUUUGCUGAGAGAAAACAGUAAUCAGAGUUGUCUUGUGCAAAUUUUGGUGUCCCAAAGAACUUCCUUGUCUUUGUUGGCCCUGUGUUGUAGUGAGCUGUGUACCAUCUGGGUUGCUGGCAUUCAUGGCAGUUGGUCUGGAUCUCAGUGCUGUCUGCCACAUAAAUACUAGCCUGACAAUAUCACCAGUCUUCAGUUCCAUUUGAUGCUUAAUGAAUGCGAAUGUCACUAGUCUUCAGUUCCAUUUGAUGCUUAAUGAAUGCCAAAUUAAUUGGCAACAAAGUGUUCUGAUAUACUAAGCAGGUCUGUAUUUGUGAGUAAGGUGGCUGCUCAGAUAGCCAGUCCAAGGUGCCGCCCCACCCCCCAAUUUCAAACAGCUCUUAAAAAAGUAAUUAUUGUGUUUAACUAUUAGUAUUUGAUUAGCCUUCAUUUUCUAAUUGGAUUAAAAGUGAAGGGGGGAGGGAUGGAGAAUUGUCAUUUCAUAACUACAUAAAACCUAGAUUAGAUAUACUUAGACUCGCUCUAGUGCCCAUGUUUUAAAUAAACUAAGCAUACAUAAGCUCAGUUUAUUUUCUCAUGAAAUAUGUGAAUUCAAGCUUUGGCAUCAGAUCCUAAAUGAUUUUGGUUUUGUGAUCACAACAGCAUUUUCCUUUUAAGAUGAUUACUGAGAUAUUCCCUGAAACUAAAAAAAACCAGAAGUUAACCUUUUUUGUUGUUAUGAACCACUUCUCAGGAUGUUUUUAAAUGCAUAAAACACAUAGGAUUACAAUGGAAGCUUGUUAUGUUGAAAUAGUUAUCAAAGUAUUUCUUUUUAAAAAAAUCAUGAGCUCCAGGUUCAGCAUCCCCGUCCUAGUGUUUUGCCUAUCUAAAGAAUGGAGAUGGAGACCUAUCUAUUCUGUGGUAACACAGACAUUUGUGAUGAAUGAUAAUCUUAUCUGAACUAAUUAUGGCCAGGUGCAUAAUCCCAAGUCAAAAUCCCAAAUUAUUUUAUUCAGUCAUUAUCUUAGCUGUAUGUUGUGACUCCUAAAGAAUUUUACAAGAAAUUGCUCCUACAUUUAAGGUGGGCGGGCUACCCAGAAGCCCUGAGCUUACUCUGUCUUUGUAAAUUUGGUAACUUAUUGAUGCACACGUGGUACUUUGUGAAAGUCUUUAGUAAUUCCAGGAGACAAGUUCAAAAGUUGUGAUUGCUGACAGACUCCUGCUGCCACUUGGUGAUGCUAGGACAAUGAAAUGACUAAGUCCACACCUGUCCCAAAUCAUAUGAGAAAAGAGGCCAUCUGAUUUCAAAAGGCUAAUUUUAAUUUUGCUUAAAUUGGGACAGGGGAAAUAAGAAAUAGAACUCACCUGCUUGCAUUCCUCUGCAUUUUUCCUCCGGACACUAAUGCCACAGCAAGGUAUAUAUUUCAGUUGACAACUCACAAAUGAGUGCCUUGCCAAUUGGAAAGCAUGUCAGAGGACAACAUGAUGGAUAUGCUUAUUUUUCUUGAAUGAAAUUUAUCCUGCCCCAGAGAUGUGUUUGUGUUGGUCCUGAAGCCAACUUAUACUUUUAGGAUGCAUGAAGUAGUACCUUCUGAAAGGGAUUAUUUCAAUGUUGGUGUAUUUUCUCAUGUGCAUUAUAGAAGUUUCAAAAUAAUGUCAUUAUUUUGAUCCUCUUAAUUUAGAAAACUACAUGUAAUGUUUGAUCAGCUCUCUAUAUGGAAUUGAUUUUCCUGGAUUUAGCCCUUAUAAUUAAAUUCUUUCCUUGCCCUGUAGCCAGGGGGUCCACUCAAAAAACCAUGUGUGAUAAGGUAGGAUUUCAUUUUUUCAAAAAAAAAAAAAAAUAAAAAAAAAGGAAAAAUCCAGUGUAUUCAUUGGCAAGGACAGUGUUUCAUCAUCAUGUAAAAUUAUCUGUUUACUAUCAAGUUGGAGGCAUGAUAGAAUAAAAUAGUCAACUUUUACUUUUUCAUAGCAAGAAGAAUCUCUAUUGCCUUCAGAUAGAGGUAGAGCCCAUAAGCUCCACCAAAUAGAGGCCCAUUUAGUAUGGCAUCCAUAUUCAGAACCAUAACUUUUUUCUAUACUCUACUUCCUAGUGCUUAAGUCAUCUCUUCAUGUUGUAAUGAAUCUUUCUGGCACAUAUACUUCUAACAAUCAGGUCAUACAACUUCUUAGCAUUGAAAAGUCUUUAAUAACACUUCUUUUUUGUCUCAAAUUCCCUUUUGGCUUCUUAGCAAUCCUAGAGAUAGUGAAAAGUUUAUGCUAACUUAGGCUAAAAUGAAACUGAUUUUGCAAAAGGGCCUCUAUUUCUGCUCUUACUUUUAAGGAAUUUGUGCCUGUUAAAGACAGCCUAUUUGUGUUGAAACAAUUCCCAUUUCUCAGUAAAGAUCUGAGGAAGUUUUUACUAGUAGAAAACUACUCUGUUGGAUGUGAGCUAUAUUGCUCAUUGUGGUAGAUAUUUCAGUUUAACAGGUUAUUCUGCUAAGUAUUUGGGCUUCAAAGUCAGAUAUACAUUGGCAUAUAUGUCUGUGUCGUGACCUUUUGUAGGAUGGAACUUUAAAAAGAAAUUAAGAAAUCUGUUGGUGACCUGGAUACCCUCCCCACACCCUUAUUAGUAUGAGACUAUUUCACUGUAUCAAAGAGAAAAGCCACUGUAAUUGCUCUAAUCCUGCUGCCCUGCUCACAUGGGCUCAGGGCUGUGUUCAAGGGUGCCCCAACUAUCAGUGAGAGGCAUGAGGAACUGUAGAAAGCCAAAAUAUGAGGUGGACUUAUACCUGAGAAAUAGGUCAUACUUCAGGACACCAAACUGCGCUAGACAUCAUUAUCUUGCCUCACUGUUGGUCUGUGACACCUGUGCUGGGCUCUUUUCUCAUAACACCUUUCUUCCUUCCUCCUCCUUAUAGAACCCCCACCCCCUUCCAGUUUCCUGGAUUUCCCAUUUUUAGUAGAAUGCUUUUCUUUUUUGGUUUUUCUUUUGAGCACAAGUAAUUUUCUGAUCCCUGGUUUGGUGAAUAUGUGAGCACUACCCUGUGAAUAAAUGAAUGGGCGAUCUGCUGAACAAUUAAUUGUAGAAUUAUGUUGUAUGUAAUGUACAUAUGGAGAAAGAAUGUAUUUUGUUCAUUUUUUCUUAAUAAAAAAGUUGUAUAUGGGAAA